GUAAAAGGCUUCCUUGGCGCAAGUUGUUCGACUGCCACGUGUCAAGCAUUAGCAGAUUGUGAGUGUCGCGCGCUUGCACUUGUGGGCACCACGCGAUCAAAAGAGGACAGCCUGCUAAAAUCCAUAGAUCUCAUUUCUCAUUUCUCCUUCCAAGACGCAGUUGACGCCGAAUCUCCAGACAAUAAUGGCAGCCCAGAACGGUCAAGUGGGGACCGAGAAAGCCAAGAUGCUGCGUGGCGAGCUCUACUUCUCCAUGGACCCGGAUCUAUUCAAAGAGCGACAGGAGACGCGCAAGCUGGUCAAGAAGUACAACGAGUUAGAAGGCGCCGAGACCCCGGAAGCUCAAGCGAUUCUCAGCAAGAUGCUUGGCUCCAAGGGUGAAGAAUGCUUCAUUGAGAUGCCCUUCCGCUGCGACUACGGCUCCAACAUCCGACUGGGUGACAAUGUGUACAUGAACUUCAACUGCGUCCUGCUCGACGUGUGUGAGAUCACGAUCGGUAACCGAGUCAUGUUCGCUCCGAACGUGCAGCUCUACACGGCCACACACCCGCUGGGACCGAAGGCACGAUCUUCGGGGUACGAACUGGGGAAGCCGAUCACUAUAGAGGACGAUGUGUGGAUCGGUGGCAACGUGGUGGUUGUGCCUGGAGUCACGAUCGGCCGCGGCGCUGUGAUCGGAGCUGGCAGUGUGGUGACCAAGAAUGUGCCUCCCAUGUGCGUGUACGCUGGCAACCCGGCCAAGUUUAUCAAGAAGAUUGAGGAGGAGUAGAGGACGAAGAAUCAGAUUUUGCUACGAAAUAAUCUACGUGGAAACCUAUUGCGGGUACA